ACAUUUCUUCACCACAAUUCACAUAUUCAAACACAUGGCCCAUUUUGGUGUUUUCCUUCUGGGUCUUCUUGCAUUGUUAUCCCAUGUUUAUGUAGCAGCUGGUAAUGGUGGUUGGUCUAAUGCUCAUGCCACCUUCUACGGUGGCGGCGACGCCUCCGGAACAAUGGGUGGAGCUUGUGGGUAUGGGAAUCUAUAUAGUCAAGGAUACGGUACAAACACCGCGGCUCUAAGUACAGCUUUGUUCAACAAAGGGUUAAGCUGUGGGUCUUGCUAUGAGAUCCGAUGUGUUAACGACCGUCAAUGGUGUUUGCCGGCCACCAUUAUGGUCACAGCCACCAACUUCUGCCCACCCAACAGCAACGGUGGCUGGUGUGACCCUCCAAGACAACACUUUGACCUCUCUCAGCCUAUCUUCCAACACAUUGCACAAUACAAAGCUGGAGUUGUCCCUGUUGCUUACAGAAGGGUACCCUGUCGGAGAAGGGGUGGAAUUAGGUUCCAAAUCAAUGGACACUCUUACUUUAACCUUGUAUUGAUUACAAACGUGGGUGGUGCCGGUGAUGUGCAUGCGGUUGCUAUCAAAGGGUCUAGGACCGGAUGGCAACAAAUGUCACGAAACUGGGGGCAAAAUUGGCAAUCCAACUCUUACCUCAACGGACAGUCCCUAUCUUUCAAAGUCACCACUAGUGACGGUAGGACUGUAGUGUCCUACAAUGUUGCCCCCGCUAGGUGGUCCUUCGGUCAGACCUUCACUGGUGGCCAAUUCCGUUGAAAAGACAUCUAUGUCCUCUAUACAUACUUUUAAUUACCGGAGGACUUAUUUUGGAGAGGUCAUUUUGCUCUAAAGCCAUGGGCGGCGGUGGACUUUAACCACCCGCUAGUAGUAGGACUAGUUUAAGAUGUCCUUAUUUGUAAUGGUUUUUAUUUUUGAGGUACUAAGUUGUAAAUUCUGGUUUUAUAUUUGUAUUUUGUGUGCAACUUAACAUGCACAUCGUACAAUAUUUCUAAGCAUGUGGAAGGAUUGGCUAGCUUUGUAAUGGAUUUAUGAUUUAUGGGUAUAAAAUAAAUAUAUGAUCUUGGGGGAAUUUAUAAAAA